UUUGGCUUCCAGAAUACAGUCGCCAACCAGUCGUGACAAACACAGAGAUGGCGUCGCUUCUGCAGCCAGACAGAGUUGUCUAUCUGGUUCGUGGAGAGAAAAAGAUCCGGGCUCCUCUAUCCCAGCUGUAUUAUUGUCGUUAUUGCAGUGAGCUACGAUCCCUAGAAUGUGUAUCUCACGAGGUGGACUCCCAUUAUUGCCCAAGCUGCUUGGAAAACAUGCCAUCUGCAGAAGCUAAACUAAAAAAGAACAGGUGUGCCAACUGUUUUGAUUGUCCAUGUUGCAUGCACACCCUGUCGACUCGGGCCACCAACAUCCCGGCUCCUCUUCCCGAUGACCCCACCAAGACUGCUAUGAAAAAGGCGUACUACCUGGCCUGUGGCUUCUGCCGCUGGACCUCCAGGGAUGUAGGAAUGGCUGACAAGUCAGUGGCCAGCGGUGGGUGGCAGGAGCCUGAGAACUGUCAUAAUCAACGGAUCAACAAGCUGAUGGAGUAUUACCAGCAGCUGGCUCACAGAGAGAAGCAGGAGCGAGACAGGAAGAAGCUGGCCAGGAGACGACAGUGCACGCCUCUAGCUUUCUCGCAACACACUAUUCAUGUGGUGGAAAAGUAUGGCCUUGGAACACGACUGCAGCGGCAGAGGCCUGGAAUGUCCAUUUCCACUCUGGCGGGGCUUUCCCUGAAAGAGGGGGAGGACCAGCGGGAGAUCACCAUUGAGCCUGCUCAGGCACUUGAUGAGGUAGAGCCUCUGCCUGAAGAUUGCUACACGAGGCCCGUCAGCUUGCCAGAGGUGACCCGGCUGCGCCAGCGCCUCCUGCAGCCUGACUUCCAGCCCGCAGGAGCCUCGCAGCUGCACCCGCGGCACAAACACCUCCUAAUGAAGCGCUCGCUGCGCUGCAGGAAAUGCGAGCACAAUCUCAGCAAGCCGGAAUUCAAUCCAACUUCAAUCAAGUUUAAAAUUCAACUGGUGGCUGUGAGUUACAUCCCCGAAGUUCGAAUUAUGUCCAUUCCCAAUCUGCGCUACAUGAAGGAGAGCCAAGUGCUGCUGACUUUGACCAACCCAGUGGAGAACGUCACCCACGUCACGCUGGUUUCUUGUGAUGAGGAAGAUCCUGAUGACAUCCACAGCACUGCGGAGGUCAUCGUGCCGCGCAAGGAGCUGGUGUUGGCAGGAAAGGAUGCUGCCGCUGAGUAUGAUGAAUUGGCCGAACCUCAAGACUUCCAGGAUGACCCGGAUGUUGUUGCCUUCAGGAAAUCCAACAAGAUUGGUUUCUUCAUCAAAGUGAUCCCCCGCAAAGAGGACGACGCUGAUGUCACUGCUUCAUUUAAGAUCCGACACGACUUCCGGGACCUCGCCGCUCCCGUCAGGGCGAGCGAGGAGGGUGCCGACGACACCGCCAAGACAAUUUGGUUGACGCACCACAUCGAGCUGAGGCUGGGGCCACUUGUCCCCUGAAUGCCUACAAACAGGGUUGCCUUCCAAAACUAAUAUUUCAAACUAUUUCUUAUUGCGCUUAAUGAGGGUUGCAAAUAAAUUUCUGGUCAGUUUCCAUCGGUUGAUUUGGAAUUAUGGAAUAGACUUUACAAAUAAUGAAUGAGAAUUGACUUUCCACUUCAGUUGAGCGGCCGCCUAUCUGAAGCUUGCGUGUAACUAAAAUUUUUGGUCACAACAAAGCAAAAACAAAAAAAAACAACAACCCCCCCACCCCCCCAAAAAAAUUAAAAUCCCACCAAACGACAGCGCACAAUUUAUACUAAAUUUGGUCUUCAUGGUGUUAUAUUUGCAUUAUGGUCAAAUAAUGUAUAUUUUCCCAACUACAGUACAUUUAAAUCCCAUGCAAAGAAUCAACCUAUAACUUGCUGAAAUCCCAUUUAUUCCAAUAAAUUCCCACAGAAAGUCUCCAACUUUGAAAAUUCACGGAAGUUUUUAAACCCACCGUUGACUCAAUUUUGGUUUAUUUUGCAAUUUUGGCCUUUGUUGCAUUAUCAGCUGCAGUUAAGCUUACAUUACUAGAUGAGUACAAAUUGAUUAAAGCAUCAUGUCCAGCUUGACUUCACAACUAGUCCUGGACUAUAAAAUGUCAGUAUAAUUGAAGACUCGUAGUUGAUUGUGCCCUCUUUGCUCCUUUCCCCUUGAGCAGAAGAAGAGAUUGAAUCCGAACAAUCCAUAACACUGCUCUCUUACACAAACACACACAUGCGCGUGCCUGUAACUUCCUCAGACACUCACGUUGCACUACCCUGCAUGGAUCAUCUAUAAUAAAUAUUACAACUGUCAUUGCACAUAUGCUGCUGUACUCUGCUUUGUUCUUUGGCAAAUAGAGAGCCAACUGUUGACACUACAAAAAACUCUGUACUUGACAGUACGGCUUGUCUUUUGGAGCUAUGUUUUUUGAUUUGUCUUAGUGUUGUAAGCUGCUGUCACUUUCGGUUCCAAUCUGUACCCUUGGUAAAAUGAAGCGUAAAAAUAAACGACUUAUUCUGUAUUGCCUAAUAAAAUAACAUCCUGCAAGAAA